CUGUCCAGUUUUACGACUGAAGUUGCUAGACUUCAGGAUUGUGGUUAAAGAACUGGAGACAUCACCACACUCAUGGCUCUCACGAAUUACAGCAGUCUGAAUCGAGCUCAGCUAACCUUCGAAUAUCUACAUACAAAUUCAACCACUCAUGAAUUCUUGUUUGGUGCUCUUGCUAAACUAGUUGAUAAUGCAAGAAAUGCUGAUGCCACGAGAAUUGCUAUUUAUGCAGAAAGGCGAGAGGACCUUUGAGGAGGAUUUAUGCUUUGUUUUUUGGAUGAUGGAGCGGGAAUGGAUCCAAGUGAUGCUGCCAGCGUGAUCCAGUUUGGGAAGUCGGCCAAGCGAACGCCUGAGUCCACCCAGAUUGGGCAGUACGGGAAUGGGUUAAAGUUGGGCUCGAUGCACAUCGGGAAAGAUUUUAUCCUCUUCACCAAGAAGGAAGACACCAUGACCUGCCUCUUCCUGUCACGCACCUUUCAUGAGGAGGAGGGCAUUGAUGAGGUGAUAGUCCCAUUGCCCACUUGGAACGCUCGAAACCGGGAACCUGUCACAGAUAACGUGGAGAAGUUUGCCAUCGAGACAGAACUCAUCUACAAAUAUUCUCCCUUCCGCAAUGAAGAGGAGGUGAUGACUCAGUUCAUGAAGAUUCCUGGGGACAGCGGAACGCUGGUAAUCAUCUUCAACCUCAAACUUAUGGAUAACAGAGAGCCAGAGCUGGACAUAAUCUCAAAUCCAAGGGAUAUCCAGAUGGCAGAGAUUUCCCCGGAGGGCACCAAGCCAGAGCGCCGCUCCUUCCAUGCCUACGCUGCCUUGCUCUACAUUGAUCCCCGGAUGCGGAUCUUCAUCCAUGGGCACAAGGUGCAGACCAAGAGGCUCUCCUGCUGCCUGUACAAACCCAGGAUGUACAAGUACACAUCAAGCCGGUUCAAGACCCGCGCGGAGCAGGAGGUGAAGAAGGCUGAGCACGUGGCGAGGAUUGCUGAAGAGAAGGCACGGGAGGCAGAAAGCAAAGCUCGGAUGUUGGUAGUGCGCCUGGGCGGAGAUCUCACACCGGACUCCAGGGUGAUGUUGCGACAGGUCCAGAACACAGCCAUUACUCUGCGCAGGGAAGCCAACGUCAAGAAGUGGAUCAAGGAGGCUAAGCAGCGAGCACUUAAAGAACCUAAGGAACUGAACUUUGUUUUCAGGGUCAACAUCGAACAACGGGACCUGGAUAGAAUGUUCAUCUACAACUGUAGCCGCCUGAUCAAGAUGGCGUGUGGUGGGGUUGUUGGGGUCCUCGAUGUGCCCUACCUGGUCCUGAAGCCCACACACAACAAGCAGGACUCUGUGGACGCCAAGGAGUACCGGCACCUGCUGCGGGCCAUGGGGGAGCACCUGGCGCAGUACUGGAAGGACAUCGCCAUUGCCCAGCGGGGAAUCAUCAAAUUCUGGGACGAGUUUGGCUACCUCUCUGCCAACUGGAACCAGCCCCCAUCCAGUGAGCUGCGCUACAAGUGGCGGCGAUCCAUGGAGAUCCCAACCACCAUCCAGUGUGAUCUGUGUCUGAAGUGUCGGACACUCCCCUUUCAGCUGAAUUCUGUGGAGAGGGAUUACCCUGACACUUGGGUUUGCUCCAUGAACCCUGAUCCUGAGCAGGACUGGUGCGAGGCCUCUGAGCAGAAGCAGAAGCUCCCCCUGGGGGCUCUGAGAAAGGACCCGAAGACGCAGGAGGAGCGGCAGAAGCAGCUGAGGCAGAAAAUCCGCCAGCAGCAGGAGAAGCUGGAGGCCCUGCAGAAAACCACACCCAUUUGCUCCCAGGCUGACCUGAAGACACUGCCCUUGGAAGUGACCACUAGACCUUCCUCUGAGGAACCUGCACGUAGACCUCAGCGUCCUUGGUCGCCUCCUUUACCUGCUGUGAUCAAGAAUGCCCCGAGCAGACCCCCUUCCCUUCAAGCUCCCAGGCCAGCCAGCCAGCCCAGAAAGGUUCCUGUCAUCAGUAGCACCCCAAAGCCUGCUGCCCCAGCCGCCCGGGAGGAGGCCAGCACUUCCUGGCUACUCCAGCCUCACGAGGCACCCUGGAAGCCUGCCAACACUCUGGUCAGGCCUGCGUCCCGACCCAGCCCACCGGUGCAGUCACCGUUACCAUCUCCCCAGCCCAACUCCAGGAGCCCUCGGGAGGUCCCUUCCCCCCGAGCCCUGAAGACUCCAGUGGUCAAGAAGCCAGAGCUGCCCGCUAAACUCUUCCCGCAGGCCACUCUUGGUCGGAAGCAGAGCCUCGGGGUCUCUGAUGAGGAAGAAACAGAGGAAGAGGCUGAGAAGAGGAAGGAGAGGUCCAAGAGGGGCAAGUUUGCUGUGAAAGAGGAAAAGAAGGACUUGAAUGAGCUCUCAGACGGCUCUGGGGAAGAGGACUCGGCUGACCUCAAGAGCGCUCAGAAAGAUAAAGGGCUGCACGUGGAGGUGCGUGUGAAUAGGGAGUGGUACACAGGCUGUGUCACAGCUGUGGAGGUGGGCAAGAAUGCGGUGCGGUGGAAGGUGAAAUUUGACUAUGUGCCCACAGACACAACACCAAGAGACCGCUGGGUGGAGAGAGGCAGCGAGGACGUGCAGUUGAUGAAGCCCCCGUCCCCAGAGUAUCAGAGCCUGGACACACGUCAGGAGGGCAGGGAAGAGGUGGUGGUGGCGGUGGCCCCGGCAGAGGAUUCGGUAGCCCAGCAAGCUGUAGCCACGGCAGAGCCCUCCACCUCGGACCGCAUCCCCAUCGAACCUGACACCAUCGCCCCCAGCACCAACCACGAGACCAUUGACCUCCUCGUCCAGAUUCUUCGGAAUUGUUUACGGUACUUCCUGCCUCCAAGUUUCCCCAUCUCUAAGAAGGAGCUGAGUGCUAUGAGUUCAGAUGAGCUGAUAUCGUUUCCUCUGAAAGAGUACUUCAAGCAGCAUGAAGCUGGGCUGCAGAACCUGUGCCAUUCCUACCAGAGCCGCGCCGACUUGCGGGCCAAGGCUUCUGAGGAGAGCCUGCGCACCUCCGAGAGAAAGCUGCGUGAGACGGAGGAGAAGCUGCGGAAGCUGAGGACCAACAUCGUGGCACUCCUGCAAAAGGAAAGAGACAUUAACACAGACGACGAGCUGGAUGCCUACAUCGAGGACCUGAUCACCAAGGGGGACUAGGGCCCGGAGCCAGAGAUCAGCUCCCCUGCCCCUCAAGGC